AUGGAUGACGAGAUUUCUGGACGCGUCGUGGGCCCUGGGGGCAUAAAAAGGGAUCCCCUUCCGCAGUUCUUCAAUGGCACAUCGACUGUAUACGAUCAAAGCCAACCACAUAUUGACAUUAACUGGACCGCGUUUCCUGCCAGGAUCAGCAAAUUUUACUCGAAGGACGAUACGCUUCGAUGGAAGAUUGCGGAUUCAAGCCGUAUCCUCCAGGACGAGUACCUCGAAUGGUCGGUCCUGAGGGAUGGGCCCAACCUGGGAGACAGCAAGGUCCUGAGCGUGGUCAUGACGUGUGAAGGCCCGGAGUACUGGUCCUUCCUCGGCGACGCCCAGCCAGAAAGCGUCUUGCCCCUCUACAAGUCAUUGAACCCGGAUUUCCAGAGUCAGAUAGUGGAAAACGAUCUCUUCUUGACCAACUCCCAGGACCCGAAAAAGAAGGUGUAUGAUCCCCGGAACUUCUGGAAUUUCACCACCACCUCCGGCACGAUUGCACACCUGAUCCAGCCUGCAAACACCCUCAGUGCGGAGAUUGACAUUGCAGCCCAGGCUACGGUCAUACGCCAGAAAGACAGCGUGGUCAUCAAAGAUCCGAAUAGACUGAUCACCUGUAGCCAAUACGGAAACCUCUAUCGGAACUCCGACCCGUUUAUCGGGUCCGAAGUCAACAAGCUUGCUCGUGCCGGGAAUAAGAUCUCCAUUGCAGACCCUGUUGCGCUCUACAUUCGGGAAUUCGAGGAGAGCGUCUUCCAAUUAGACCAGCAUGGUGCAGAGAGCAACACCCAGGAUCUCGUGCCCCUUCCAGCCAACACCAUCAAGUACGAACGCGGUUCAAAGGGCGCUGGCCUGCGUCUUCGCAUCCAGGUUCCUCCCGGCACAGCGGGCACUGGGCCUAUGCAGGGGAAGCAGCUGACCGUCAGCGACAUAUUUGACACUUCUAACAACCAGUAUAUCUCGUACGGCGCCCAAUUCGCCGAUCACAUCAAGAUGGGCGUUCGUGGUGUCGCGGCGCCUCCGCCUCUCAAACAAGCAGAUCCGAAGAACUGUCCAGGGGCACAAAGCUCGGUGGCGCCUCUUGUGUAUACGAGGUAA